CCCCUUAUCCCCCCCCACCCCCCCCCCCUUUACAUCCACGGCGCUCCCGGGCUCCCCCCGCCCCCGGUGCCUCCGGUUCCUCCCCGGGGGGGGCUCCCCGGUGCCGGUCUGUCCCCACCCCCGGGGGGGCCGUGGAGUUGUGUGUGUGGGGGGGGACACAAGCUCCACCCCCCCCCCCCUCGUCACCACCCCCCCCCCCCCAGCCCGGUCCCGUUAUAAGCGGGGCUCCGCCGCCGCUCCCCGCCGUGAUGCCGCCGCCCGCCGACCCCGAGUGCCCCCCCCCGCCGUCACCGCUGCCCCCCCCGCCCCCCCCACGCUGCUGCCGCUGCCGGGACCGGGCGGCUCCGUGCUCCCGGGGGGGGGGGCGCAGCCGCCGCCUCCUCCCGGUCCUCGCCGCCCUCGGGGCCGUCGCUCUCGGGGCCGCCGCCGCCGCCGCCGCUUUGCUGGGGGUGCUCCGGGGGGAGAGCCCCGCACACGGCCCCCCCCCGCAGGGUGCCACGGCCGCCCACCUGCUGCUGAGCACCGGCUCGCUGGCGGUGUCCUCCAGACCCUUGUGGCGCUACGAGGAAGGCAUCAGCGGAGUCUUCCUCAGCAGUGACCUGGAGGUGACGGCCGCGGGGCUGCAGGUGGCGGCGGGGGGGCUCUACCUCCUCUACGGGCAAUUCGCCCUCACCUGCAUAGCCGAAAAUUGCCCCCCCGGUAACGUCACCCUCCAGCUGCGCCGUGCCGGCUCCGUGCCCCCGCUGCUCUCCGUGCCGCUGGUGCUGCCCGGUGCCACCGACCCCGGCCCUGCCCGCUCGGGUUUGGCUCAGGCCGUGGGGCUGCUGCAGCCCGGGGACGUCCUGGACGUGGAGCUGGUCGGGGACAUCGGCGGGGACGAGUGGCAGAUGGCGCAGGACCAGCGGGAGGGGAAUUUCGUGGGGCUGCUGCGCAUCGCCGGGGGGUGACGGCAGGGGACGCGGCCGCUGCUGGUGCACGGAAAAGGGGACCCGGAGGGGUUUGGGGACGGUCACCCCCCAUCCAUACCACCCCCCGGUUGGAGGUUUGGGGACGUCGAGGGACGUUGCUGACUUCCAUGCCUGGAGAUUUGGGGACGUCGGUGACCCCGUGCCCUUGCCCUGAGAUUUGGGUUCCAAACCCCCACGCCCAGAGAUCUGGGGACACCAAGGGACACUGCUGACCUCCAGGCACGGAGAUCUGGGGCUGGUGCCGCCCUCGCUCGGAGGCUGGGGACAUCGAAGACCUCCACCCUUGAAGAUUUGGGAUAUUAUGGGACAUUGCACACCCCCCCACCCCCUCCCCCCUUUGAAUAUUUGGUGCUGGAGACCCCCAGACUGGCAGAUCUGGGGCCAUCAAGUGACCUCGCAGACCUUCAUGCCUGGACAUGGGGGACACCAAGGGACCUUGCAGACCCCCCCCCGCCUGGAGAUAUGGGGUGCUGAAGCCCCCUCCUUGGGGACGUCAAGGAACCUCGUGGGCCCGACCCUCAUGCUGGACAUUUGGGGACAUCAAGGGACCUCACAGACUCCCAUUCUGGGGACAGCAGGGACUGCGGAUCCCCACCCCAUGCCCGGAGGCGUGGGGGGUCCCUGCUGUUCCCCCUUUUCCCCCCCCAGCUGGCCUGGGGGGGGGCCCUCCCCCCUUAAGUUAUUGAGUUAUUGUCUGGUACUCGAAAGCCACUUUAUUUAUUGAUUAAGUAAAUUUAUUUAUGGUUCCCGGUGCUCCCAAGUGGCUUAAUUCGAAGUGGGGUCCCAGCAGGCUUCCAAAAAUGGGUCCUGGCAUCCAGCUGGGUGACGGGUCGGGGUCCCAAGGGUCAUCACCACCCCAUGCACAACCCUAUACGAGCCACCAGAGACCCCCCCCCCCCUUCAGCACCCACACACCUGGGUGCUGACACCCCCGCACCUAUAGGGCCACCCAGGCACCCACAUCCCGGGGCUGGUGCCCCCUGUAGUGUAGUGGCACGUGUGUCCCUAUGGGGGGUCCCACUGUCCCCCAUCCCCUAUUGUCCCCCCAUUCAUCCCCCCCAUGUCACCCAUGUUCCCCUCUCACCUGCAGCCGCUCCAGUCACCUUCCGCAGCCCCCCAAUGUCCCCAUAAUGUCCCCCUGUUCCCAUGUCCCCAUGGCGCACGCAGUCACACACUCGUGGUGUGUGCUUGCACCACGCACACGCUUGUGCCGGUGCACAAACACGGGGAGCUGCCCGGCUGCAACAUGCAUGCACCAGCUGCGUGCUUGCACCAUGCCUGCACCCACUCAUGCACGCACCCACUCGUGUGUUUGCACCUAUGUUUGCAGCCUCAGGGACGCGUUGCGCCCACGCUUGCGUUUGCACCCAUCGGUGCAUUGCACCCUGCUUGUGCACGCACCCCCGUGCACCCCCCACACGUGUGCAUGGUCGUAGCCCGGCCGUGCUUCAGCAGCAGCCGUGGGCGCUGACAAAGCCACCGGAAAGUGCCGCCGGCGUGGGGCCUUGCUGGGAAGGCAGGAAA